CAAACCCUCAUCCCUCCCUGUUCUCUCCCUCGCUCGUCGCUCUCUCGCCCGCGCCGUCGCACGCUCGUCCGCCGCCGUCGCGCAGCCCCGCCGCUCUGCCGUCCGUCGUCCAGGCGCGCCGCCCCUCCAAUCCCCCAUUCCUUCUUCCUUCUUCUUUCUUCCUCUUCGUCGUCCAGAAAAGAAAUAUGGUGCGUUCUAAAGCACCCUCAAAGAAGCAGCAAAAACGUGGAAUUGAUUUCAAGAAAAUCAAACGAAAGAUAGGCAGGAAACUGCCACCGCCAAAGAAUGCUACAAAUACUGAAAUUAAAUCAAAAGCUAUUAUUUUGCCCGAGCAAAGCGUGGCCUCAGAGAAGGCAGGUUUAGCAGUGAACAAAAAAGGUUUGACUUUGAAAGAGCUACUUCAGCAAACAUCCCACUACAAUGCUAAGGUUCGAAAAGGUGCUCUGCUGGGCAUUAGAGAUUUAUUCUCUAAACACCCUGCGGAGUUAAGGUUACAUCGCUAUGCGGUUAUUGAGAAACUGCGUGAACGGAUUGAUGAUAGUGAUAAAGUAGUUCGCGAGACACUAUAUCAGCUUCUGAAGUCGGUUAUCUUCCCUGGUUGUAAAGAGGAGGAAAAUCAAGGACUCUUCAUUUCCUUACUGAUGGGUUAUAUUUUCAAUGCAAUGACUCACUUAUCCAUUGAUGUUCGGAUGAUGGCUUUCAGAUUUUUUGAACUUGUUGUGGAGUACUUCCCUUCUUCAUUUUUCUUGCAUGCUGAUAAGAUUCUUCAAAACCAUGUGGAAAUUCUACAAAAGAAUCAAUUCUAUCUACAAGAUAAAGGCAAGCUCAAGAAUGCUCUUACUGGGUUGGUCCAAUGCUUAUCAUUAUUGCCAUGCAACAAAAGAGAAAUUGGCUCAUCUAAAAAUAAUGUCGUGGACGAAGGGAUGCUGCAUGCUUUUGAGUCUCAUGUGCCUACAGAAUCUACUGGGACUUGUGUCAUUAUUGAGAAAUUAGAGGAUUUGGUGCUUGUGUUAUUAAAUUGUUUCCAAGAGUUCAUGCCGGUGGUUCAUGAUGUAACACUUCUUAAUGCACAAAUAUAUGACUGUAUGCUAUAUGUUGUUCAAAGCAUACAUCUUGCAGUUCAGUAUUUCCUUUAUGGGAGUGAAAAAGGUAAAGUGGAAUCACAUUCUCCUUGUAAAGGAUUUGACAUGCGGUUGGAGGGGACAAUUUCGUCAGCAUUGUUAAAGAAAUUGUUUUCCGUGUUUCCCCUCAAUCCAUCGCAUCAUGUCUCGGAGAAGGACGACGACAGAUUACUUACGCUGAACAUCGUCAUUACGGAGAUAUUUUUGCAUUCAAGCAAGCGUAUUAAACCUUCAAAUGUGAUAUUGGAGAGAUUUCUAGAAUUUAUAGAAAGUGUUAUGCUUGGAAAGACUGUCAAUGGCACUCAAUUUGGUAAAGUGGUCAGGGAGAAACAUAUCCUUCCAUUACUUUCUUUUAUUCCUGAACUCGUUGCACAAAUGGAAAAUACUUGGAAGUUUCGACUGCUUCAGGGAUUUACUCAUGUAUUCAAAGAUUGCCACCCAGAGUCUUCGUUAAAAUUGGCUUGCCUGCAUGUUAUUGAAGAAAUACUUAUUCCCACAGCUGAGUCGUCAUGCCUAGAUGCAAGUUUUCCUGAGAUAGUCGAGUACCGGGUGGCGUGGAUUAGAGAGCUUCCUUUGUUGCUGAUCCUUCUAGGUGAUAAACAUGCUUCCUGUUCUGAGGUUGUACUGCGUCUUUUGCUUCAUGUGGGACAAUCAUCUUUCUUAAACUCUUCCCUGAAAUGGGAAUAUGACAACACCCAAUACCCAUUACAAGAGUAUUAUAGUAUGGUGGAUACUGCUGACGGAAAUAAAUGCUAUGGUCCUUUUACAAGGCUUCCCAAAGAAUGUCAGGAGCUCUCAAUUUGUUGUCUUUAUUACUUCUCUUAUUUGGAUCCUCUUGUAUUGAAGUCAUUAGCUUCUUGCUGCCUAUGCCCUGAGUUGCAUCCAGAUAUAGUGUUUCGGAUGAUAGAGGUUCUUCAUUCAGCCUAUAAAGCUGGACACAUGCAGAUCGCUGACUACAUUAGUUUCUGUGCCACUCUUCUCUCUUGUUUUAAAGUUUCCCCAGGAAAGGGAUGUGUUGAUGCAGAAAGCAAGAAGAAGAUUGAAACUUUCAAGUCGAUCACCAAAGUGAUAUACUCAUGCUUGUCACAAAUUGGUGACAUUUCUCUUGUUAAAAAGGCACUGGACAAAGUACUAACAGUUGAUUAGAGUUGCACUGCUUCCCUUUUGUUGUAGGGUUGAGUGUAUUAUAUUAUUUUAGUCAAUCAUUUUAUAAGGUGAUUUUUUGCUUCCAUUAUUA